CGCACACGCGGAGCAGCAGGUCUUAGCGGACUUUGUGUCGUGAGAGGACACGUGAGAGCGGAGCAGAGGCGCGCCUGCGCUCUGGCGGCUUUGCAAAGUGUUCGCCGCGUGGGGAAGUGGAGACACAUUAGUCGUGGAGGGAACGUGGAGACAUCAGUGUGAGGAGAACAAGCACGCCGUGGAAUAACGAACAUUUCCCCAGGAAGGUGAGGGGCGAUAAAGCAGCAGUCGGAGACAUCUGAUGGAUGACAGAAUAGCACAUUUACACGACAGACACUUCAUGGACCGUGCGGAUUUUUUGGGGGUGGACUACCCCUCUCUAUACAUGUGCAAACCCAAACGCGGCAUAAAGCGGGAGGAUGGUGGGAAGGACGCUUAUAAGUUACCACACCGUUUGAUAGAGAAAAAGAGGAGAGACCGAAUCAAUGAAUGUAUCGGUCAGCUGAAGGAUCUGUUGCCAGAACAUUUAAAGCUAUCGACUCUCGGCCAUCUAGAGAAGGCGGUUGUUCUGGAAUUAACUCUGAAGCAUUUAAACGCACUGACCGCAGUCACGGAGCAGCAGCACCAGAAGAUCAUUGCUUUGCAGAACGGAGAGGGGCCGAUGAAGACGUCCAUUCACGCCGAUCUGGACGCCUUCCACUCCGGGUUCCAAACGUGUGCCAAAGAGGUCCUGCAGUACCUGAGCCAGUUCGAGAACUGGACCACACGCGAACAGAGUUGCGCCCAACUCGUCAAGCACCUCCACAAGGUCCUGUCUCAGGCCCAGUCUGGCGGGCUGCCCCUCCUCCAGCAGCAUCACCAGCUCCCCAGUGGAGACACACCACAAGACAGCCAGAAAGCUGACAACCAAGUCCCAGUCAUCCAGAGGACCCAAGGCGGGGAUGCUACCGAGAACGACACGGACACGGACAGUGGAUACGGGGGCGAGGCAGAGAAGGGUGAGGUUAAGGACAAAGAGUGCGAGGGAGGAGGCAAAGCUACCAAGAUCAAGCAGGAGUUUGGAGACGAUCGUCCUGCCAAGAAACCAAAGAUGAACUGGCCUGGGAACGGCUCCGGGGGCUCGGAUGUGGCGUUCAUGAACUCUCUGAUGGGAUUAACUGGUGUGGGACAGCAGACGCCUAUUUGCAUGCCUUUCUACUUCAUCAACCCAUCUGCCGCUGCGUCUUACAUGCCUUUUUUUGACAAAAGCAACAUGGAGAAGUGCGUGUACCCGGCGGCGGCCGCCCUCGCAUCCCCCUUUCCCUGGCUGUACCCUGCGCAAGCAUCAGCGGCCGCGGCUGCUGCAGCCUUUCCCGGCCUGUCGAUGCACUUUGGAGCUUCCUCUCCAUGCAAGGACCCCCUGCAGUGUGGAGACAAGGGUGAGGCGAGCUCACCUGAGGAGCGUGAGGAAAGUCCCGCGUGUGACGAAGGUGACGACAACAUCAUUGACGCGUCACAGGAAAGCCAGGGUGACCCACGUGACCCGUUUCCCACCUGUCAAAGCAGCUAAUUUGUCUGGGAGAUGAUGCACUCUGUUUUUGGACACAUUUGCUGUGUGAAUGCUGAGAGUCAAGCACACCAAACUUCAUAAUAAUAGUAUUUAUACUACCUGAAUAUUCCUAUUAGUCAUCCAGGAUGGGUGUACAAUUCUUUUUGGGUGUCCAAAAUACCUGACAAUGCUGGAAGAUCAUAGUACUUACUAAACAUAUUGCUCCAUAUUGCUGCCCUGUUCUGUUCACAGCCCCGAGGGGCCAUAGUUGCACAACAACUGGGUUGAUAUGAUAUGUCGUGAUGGACGAAGCAGCAUCUCUCAGUAUUCACACACAAUUGGUGAGACAAUGUCAACGAUGAAGGCUUUUUGUGUAUUUUAGCUAUCUUGACGGAUCAGUCCUGACAGCGUGUGCCUUUUGCACUUAUGCUAGGUUCAUUCAUCUGAAUGCUUAUCGACAAUGAUUGGCGUUAACGCGACGCUGCAGUCGUGUUAUGCUGCAGUUAGUUUUGUAUCCUCUUUGAUAAAAUAUUCUGACAUGGCAGCAUUGGUGCCAAACUUUGAGUACUACAGUACAAGUGCGCAAUAUCCCAAUCAGCCAGUCUCUUUGGAUGUAAGCAAAUGACCUCCGCCAAGGUUCGGAACAUGUUGGCCGCUCGGACUGUAAAUAUUCCAACCUGGAUGAAGUGGAGUUAAUCAAGAUGUAAAUGUGCACUACAUGGGUCCGUACGGCCUCGAUACCUCACCCCCCAGCAAGAGUGGGGUACUCUUGUUUGGAGAUACUCUGUUGCAGAAGUAUCACACAUAAACACAUACACUUCAAAUCCAUUUGAAAUGUACACAAAUUGGUCCAAAUUACUUUUUUCUCUGGUUCCUUUGAAGGAACAAUCCUAAAAGACGCCUUUUCUUUAGGCUGAAUAUCAAAAGAAAGCAUUUCCAUGAUGAGAUGACCCCUUUACCUGCAGGAAACAAUGUAGGAUAGCACCUUAUAGAUCUUUGAUAUUGAAUGUACCUGUAUUUUCCAAGCUGUACAAGUUUGUAAGUAGGAAGAGCUUUCCUCUCGAAAGAUGUAAAGUGCACUUUUUUCUGCUUAUACCCCGCUCCACCAACCAAAAGUGACGCGACCCAUUUGAAAUCCAACCGUCCGCGUUGAACUUUUCUUGUUUUCUGAUGUUUUGCUGCCUUGAAACAAACACGUGUCAUGUUACUCUUCUCUCAUGAUCCAUUCCCAUCAUUGUCACGACCAGACUAUCCUUCUGUGUUAUACCCUGUCAUGAUGUAAAAUUGUGGUCAUAGGACCGUCAUUCGAGAAAAAAAAAAAAAAUCCUGCAAGUUCAGUGAUGUUUAGCUUUUUGAAUACGUUUCACAUGUGAUCGAGUGCAGAUGAUUUCCGCUUUGUGUUUGGAAAACAUUGCUUUUGUAGUUUUCUUCAGCUGUCUCGCCUCAAACCAACUGUUCUAGAAAGUGGCAUGUAUGUCUGUAAAUAAUCUUUUGUGAAUGUACUAUAAACAUAUAUGUCUAUGUCGGUGUUGUGGACGUCUUUGGAUUUUCUUUUUUUUUUUAAGAUUUCACUGAGCAGUUGUUGCACAUAUUGUUGCUUUACACACAUUAUGCUGUUAUAAAUUAUUGCUGAUGAGUUGAAAAAAUAAAUAUCAAAACUAU